AUGCAGUCGCUCACAGGCUUUUAUCACCCCGCACCAAGCCGCCCCGCCCGCACCAAGCCGCCCCGCACCAAGCCCCUCCGCACCAAGCCGUCCCGCACCAAGCCGUCCCGCACCAAGCCGUCCCGCACCAAGCCGUCCCGCGUCAAGCCGUCCCGCGUCAAGCCGCCCCGCACCAAGCCGCCCCGCACCAAGCCCCUCCGCACCAAGCCCCUCCGCACCAAGCCCCUCCGCACCAAGCCGUCCCGCACCAAGCCGUCCCGAAUUAAGCCGUCCCGCGUCAAGCCGCCCCGCACCAAGCCGCCCCGCACCAAGCCCCUACGCGUCAAGCCCCUCCGCACCAAGCCCCUCCGCACCAAGCCGCCCCGCACCAAGCCGCCCCGCACCAAGCCGCCCCGCACCAAGCCGCCCCGCACCAAGCCCCUCCGCACCAAGCCCCUCCGCACCAAGCCGUCCCGCACCAAGCCGUCCCGAAUUAAGGCGUCCCGCACCAAGCCGUCCCGCACCAAGCCGUCCCGCACCAAGCCGUCCCGCACCAAGCCGUCCCGCACCAAGCCGCCCCGCACCAAGCCCCUCCGCACCAAGCCCCUCCGCACCAAGCCCCUCCGCACCAAGCCCCUCCGCAUCAAGCCCCUCCGCACCAAGCCGUCCCGCACCAAGCCGUCCCGAAUUAAGCCUUCCCGCGUCAAGCCGCCCCGCACCAAGCCGCCCCGCACCAAGCCGCCCCGCACCAAGCCGCCCCGCACCAAGCCGCCCCGCACCAAGCCCCUACGCGUCAAGCCGCUCCGCACCAAGCCGCCCCGCACCAAGCCGCCCCGCACCAAGCCCCUCCGCACCAAGCCGUCCCGCACCAAGUUGUCCUGCACCAAGCCGUCCCGCACCAAGUUGUCCCGCACCAAGCCGUCCCGAAUUAAGCCGUCCCGCACCAAGCCGCCCCGCACCAAGCGGCCCCGCACCCGGCAGCACACCUCUGUAAUCACCGCCGCUGCAGAGGCCGCAGCAGAGGCCGCGGCGGAGACGGACCACUCUUUGGGACGCGUCCGGAGCUUUAGCCGAGAGUCUGUCACUGAAAAACAUACAGACGUCAACUUUGUUUUUGACCGGGCACAGAGGGAAAAGGACGUCCCGCUACGACUUCACGUCCACUGCCAAGAAAUGUGCCGGCUCUGA